UCUCUCUGUAACAAAAAGGGUGUGCUCCUUUUUCCUUGUUUUUCACAAGUGUGUGUUUUAUAGAGAAACUAGUGGUAAACUGCCUUCUCUGAUAAUUCACAAGUUUUGAUUUUGUAAACUUUUGCUGUUUUAAUAAACCAGAUUCUGGACUAACCUUUUUUAAAAACUCAACCCUUCUCUUGGUGAAUUUUUCUUCAUUCUCCUGUUGUGUUCCCCCGACACUGACUUCAAGUGAUGGCAGGAGAUGAUCAGAGAUAACCAGGGUCAGAGUCACCAGAGCCACCACCAGGACCAACCUUCGGACUGAAUCUGAGCGUUUCCUUCACUGUGACUUUAGAACUGAACUGUCGCGUACAAACGAUGGCAUCUUCCACGACAUCGGAGGUCACUAAUGGUGAUCCCAAAUCCAAGGGCUCUGAGGAGUCCAUGAAGCUAAAAAAGGAGAUCUCUCUGCUGAACGGCGUAUGUUUGAUCGUGGGGAACAUGAUUGGCUCAGGGAUCUUCGUGUCUCCAAAGGGCGUCCUGAUCCACAGCGCCUCCUACGGGCUGUCCCUGGUGGUCUGGACUGUCGGGGGCAUCUUCUCUGUGUUCGGGGCCCUGUGCUACGCCGAGCUGGGCACCACCAUCACCAAGUCAGGGGCGUCCUACGCCUACAUCCUGGAGGCCUUCGGGGGGUUCCUGGCCUUCAUCCGCCUGUGGACGUCCCUGCUGAUCAUCGAGCCGACCAGCCAGGCCAUCAUCGCCAUCACCUUCUCCAACUACAUGGUGCAGCCCAUCUUCCCCACCUGCAUCGCGCCGUACCUGGCCAACAGGCUGCUGGCGGCGGCGUGUAUAUGUUUGCUGACCUUUGUCAACUGCACCUACGUGAAAUGGGGAACGCGGGUCCAGGACUUCUUCACCUACGCCAAAGUCAUCGCCCUCAUCGCCGUCAUCAUCACCGGCCUGGUGAAGAUCGGACAAGGUCACACUCAGAACUUUGAGGGUCUGUUUGACGGCUCGUCUCAGGAUCCUGGGGAUCUCGCCCUGGCUCUGUACUCGGCCCUGUUCUCUUAUUCUGGAUGGGACACCCUGAACUUCGUAACCGAGGAGAUCAAGAACCCAGAGAGGAACCUGCCGCUGGCCAUCGCCAUCUCCAUGCCCAUCGUGACCGUCAUCUACAUCCUGACCAACGUGGCGUACUACACCAUCCUGCCCAUCAACGCCAUCCUGGACAGCGACGCCGUGGCCGUGACGUUCGCAGAUAAGGUGUUCGGGGUGAUGAACUGGACCAUCCCGUUGGCGGUGGCGCUGUCGUGCUUCGGAGGACUCAACGCCUCCAUCCUGGCCUCGUCCAGACUUUUCUUUGUGGGAUCCAGAGAAGGUCACCUGCCCGACUACCUGUGCAUGAUCCAUGUGACCCGUUACACCCCCAUCCCCGCCCUGCUCUUCAAUGGUGUCAUGGCUCUGAUCUACUUGUGUGUAGAAGACGUCUUCAGACUCAUCAACUACUACAGCUUCAGCUACUGGUUCUUCGUGGGUUUGUCCAUUCUAGGUCAACUAUAUCUACGAUGGAAGCAGCCAAACAGAAAGAGGCCAUUAAAGCUCAGUCUCUUCUACCCCAUCGUCUUCUGUUUCCUCACCGUCUUCCUGGUGGUGGUUCCGCUCUACAGUGACACCAUCAACUCCUUGAUUGGCAUUGGCAUCGCCCUAUCAGGAGUGCCCGUCUACUUCCUGUGCUGCUACGCUCCCGCCCACAAGAGGCCGCUGUGGGUGCGGAGUUUUAUCGCCAAAUCGGGCCUUUUCAUUCAGAAGGUGUGCUAUUCUGUUCUGACUGAAAUGGACAAAGACGAGUAGAAACAUGUCAUUUCUGUCAUAUAUCGGACACACAAACGAGGCCAAUCCAGGCCGACAGAUCCAACACUGGGUUUGGUUUUGGUUCCGACCCGCUGGUUUCGGAUAACCGUCCAUCAACCCGGUGAACGAGGACCAACCGGUGGAUGUUGAAGACUGGAAUCAGCAGCUGUUUCUACCACAGUUGUACAUAUUAGUAUUUAAUUAAUGUCUCAACAUGCAUGGAUUUGAUGUGAAAUUACAUGUAAUGAAACCUGGAAAUUAGCCGACGUUGAAAACAGCCUCGGUAUUCUUUUACAUUUGCACAUAGAAAAUGUGAUUAGUUUCCACAUGUUGAUGGAUGAUCAUUAAUAUUUAUCCUGUGGCCUUUUUGCCAUCAGCUGCAAGAUUUAGUU